UGUCGCGAGGUAUAUAACGGGCAUUCCGCUAUAUACACAGUUAGUUUCCAAAAUGAAGACUUUCCUCAUCCUGGCUCUCUUGGUUGCGCUGUCAUCGGCAGCACUAAAUUACGAAAAAGUGAAGGAACAUUGCUCGAAGAAGGCCGGAAUUGACGUUGCCGUCAUUGACAAAGCCUGGAAGGACAAACAAUUCCCCGCUGUAGAUGGUAUCAAGGAGUACACUCUGUGCUCACUGGAGCAGCUCAACUGCAUCAACGCCGACGGAGUGGUCUCUUUGAAGUCGGUCAAAGAAGACUGCGAAAGUUACAAAAAAUUCGACUGCUCAUUCUUCGAUAAAUGUGAAGCGGAAAAGGGUAACAGCGCACUUGAGACCGCGGCGGCAGUUUACUCCUGUGUUAUGGAAUCUUACAAUUUGUGCAAUAAUUGAUGUUAAAUGAGUGUCACAGAAUUGAAUUUCAAAAUUCAAUAAAGAAAUUACGAAUUCUCCUGCAA